UUGUCUCCCCCACAUCCACCCGCCAACGAGAGCCACCAGAUAAAUUCGUUAAUCCCCCUGGGUCAGCCACCCCCCCGCCACAGCAGCAUAAACAAGUCCCCACUAACGGGAACUUGGCCGCGCCGUGGUCAGUAGACACAGCGAAACUUGAUAUUUUCAUUUUUGUGGGGGUGAUUGGCAACUGCGAUUGGGAUUCGUAUCCGUACUAAGCGGCACCUUGCGAAAGAAAGACAGAAGGAUCGGAAGAUGGUCCGACAGACGAAGCAGACAUCCGUCGAGAAAAAGGAGUCGCACAAGAGGAAGACGACACCUUCGACCGAGGAUUCGGUAUUGAAGAAGAAACCAACGGUCGAAUCCGCAGUGUGGGCAUGCAAGAUUAGUGGAUGCGGAAAGACAUUUGCAAGAGAGGCAGAUCUCAAGCGACACCAACGCACGACGAAAUUGCAUUCUCCACCCUCAUUCGCUUGCCCCCAAUGUGAUGCUGCGUUCACCCGGACGGACGCCCUUCGGAGACAUCAGAAAUCAAGACACAACGGCGUCGUAAUCGAACCUUCAGAUCCCGAGAGGAAGGACGGCACGGCGCCCGAGAAUCUGCAAUCAUCAAGCUCGAAGCCAAAGAGCCGUAGCAGAUCUACAUCCAAGGGUAGGGAUAACCCCUCAGUCCACUCUUCCGUGUCUGUUCCUCAAACUUCCGUACCUCCUGGCGGACCUCAAACCUACUACCGGCAACACACACUACCAGGAAGCAUGUAUAGUCUUUUGGUCACUCCAUCGCACAUACCUGACCAUACCAUUUAUGCAGUGUUAAUGCCAUGCAACCUACUUGUCGACGGACAGUACCCCCCUCCGAUUGGCCUUCCCACAUCCGCUGCUCGCCUACAUCAACCGCCCUGGACGCACCCGCACCAUCCCCCAUGGGGUGAUGGGUCACAGAUUCCGCCACCUCCUCCACACAUAAUUGCAAUGGGCUAUCCACCCCCUCAUCCAGCAUAUUACCCCUCGCCGUAUUACCGAUCUAGCACUGUGCCACCUCACCUUGACUUGGUUUCGCCUCCCCUUCCACCGCAACAUCAACAUCAAUCACCAAACAGCGCAGGGUCCCCGCAUCAGGCUGACUCGUCGUCUUCGCGUACGGCAAGCCCCGCUGUAGCGGGCAAUGUCGGCGCGGAUCAUGGCGAUGGAAACUCGGAAACGCCGAGUACAGUACCCGUCAUCGACCCGUCGUUAGACAUGGGUGCUUCUCUGGAUGAGAGCUGUCCAGAUGCCAAGGCACCAGCAGCAUUGGGGGGAGUUGUAGAUGCAGUGCUCAAGUCCGCGUCUGAAAAUAGGGAAUCUUCAGUGAGUUCCGGAGGGAAGGCCGAUUUGCCACCUCAAAAUGGGCAGAUCGAGGUUGGAGAUGUCUCCGGGGAUUCGGAGCCGAGUACACAGGAUGGGUCCUCCGCAAGUACAACGGUGGGGGGGAUACCACCGACUGACGGCACUCCAAACCCUGCGUAUGCGUCACCAGACUCGACGAUACAGUAUCCCCCUGAAAUGGAGCAGAUGUUGACAGAAGACGGGGAGCCGAUGUUGAACCCGGCCGAGUUGUUGACGCAGGAAUCGCUAGCUUCUCCGUCUCCUUCAUGAGACUGUACGACACUCAUUGAUUCUACGUACCAUGCAUACAUCAUUCUCCCUGCGCUUUUGCGGGAUUUUUCACGCAUUGACAGAUUCGCACGUAUCCUUGUUUCAUCAUCAGGAUUUUAUAUAAUGAUCAAUUGUCGUUGGUUAAUAACGUUCCUCU